GAUGGCUGCGGGACGAAGAGAGAGGUUGACUAAUCUCAGAUAGACAGGUUACGGCGGUGGACGAAGCGGAAAAUUAUCCUCGCCUAUAAUCUCACCACAUCUUGUAUUAUCCUGGAACGUUGUAACCAGCCAGUGAUUUUCAAUGAUAUUAGCCUGCAAGAAUACUUAUAUCGGAGUUUUGAUGAAGAAAGAAACUCAGAUGCAUCUUGGAUGGCCUGAGGGUGUGUGUGUGGUGGAGUCAAUGCCUCGGUAUGGAGUAUAGUACCUAUUGCAGACUGGAUGACUGGGAGUGCCAACAAGCCUCACAUGCUCACACACUGAUCACUGGCGUACAGUGACUGUUGCUGGAUUCCCUCCUUUCUGUGUUCUUCCCUUAUUAAUUUAUUCUGUCAGGACUCUCCAUCUCUUGUUUUUGGGUGUUUUUUGUGGCUACCCCCACCCCCUUUUCCCUCUUCUCUCCUCUCCUCCCUCUCUUCCCCCUUUAUACUUUCCGUCUUUCCUGUUGACCUCUUGAUUGAACUUUGAUCUGCCUGUGAGCUAAGAUGAGUUGGCUAAGUCGUUUAAAUCCAAGGGGUCAGGGCACUCGGACCAGUAGACAUGCAGCCCCGUCCAGCCCAUGCAUUGCUGACCCCGAGACUUGUCUCAUGGUGUUUGAGAACCACUGGAGACAGGUAUCAGGGGUGUUGAAACAGAGGGAGUCUUCAGUGGGUGGGAGCGCUGAUGAUCUCACAGCAGUUCGCAAUCACACAGAUCAAAUGCUGUGCCUGCUAGCUGAAGAGAGACCUGCAGGGGGAGAAGCAAUUGGUCCCAUUCUGGAGAUGGUGGUGGCAGAAAACAUAUUGGAAGCUCUGGUGCAGUGGCAUGUGCGCCGUGGCCUGGAUCCAGACAGCCAGCUGGAGCUGUUGAAGUUGUUUGAGAUGCUGAUUGGACAGUCCCAUCAGCCUCUGCUUCUGCACAGUGCAGUGUUGCAACCACUGCUAAGCCUACUGGGAGCUUGUGUGGACCCCCAGCUGGGCUGCCCUCCUGCCCUGGAGUCCAGCCUCGUAUUGCUGCUAAAUCAGGUUUGUGUGUCCAUGGCGAAGCAGACUGCAGUUUUGGAGUCGUUAUUUAGGUGUGGGUCGGUACAGCAGGGUCCCACUAACUUACUGAUCUUCUCCCUGUUGGUACCGUUUAUUCAUCGAGACGGAGCUCUGGGGCAGCAGGCCCGUGACGCACUUCUCCUUGUCAUGGCAACAUCUGCCAACAACCACGCUGUCGCACGCCACAUUGCAGAGAACUCCUACUUCUGCCCAGUGUUGGCGACAGGGCUGAGUGGGCUGUAUUCAUCCCUGCCAAGGAAGAUUGACGUACGGGGCGACGACUGGCAUGCUCUGCGUAGGGAGGACUGGAUUGGUGUGUUUUCACUAGUGCUGUUCAUGAACAGUCUUGAAUUUUGCAAUGCUGUAGUACAGGUAGCACACCCUCUUGUUCGCUGCCAACUCCUUGACUACCUCCACAACGGCUUCCUGGUGCCAGUCAUGGGCCCUGCUCUGCACAAGGUGAACCUCAUUGAACUGGGGCACCACACUAAUUCGUCGGUGGAUGAGAUGAUAGCAAGCACAGCAUAUCUGGACUUGUUUCUACGCUGUAUCACAGAAACUUCCCUUCUGAAGACCUUCCUGCGCUUCAUUCUGUUGCAUCGCCAUGACAACAACACAAUCCUUGACACACUACUUGCGCGCAUCAGCAGCAAUUCACGGCUAUGCAUGGUCUCUCUCAGUCUGUUCAAAACAUUGCUCAGCCUCAACUGUGAAGACCUCAUGCUCCAGCUUGUACUCAGGUAUCUGUUGCCAUGUACACAUGUAAUGCUGAGUCAGCGGAGGGCAGUUAGAGAAACGGACCUCUAUGGCAAAUCAGCUGACAAGUUCCUUUCCCUCAUACCAGAAUGCUGCCGAAUCACUGCAACGCCCUCUAGUGAGCGGGAUGAUGAACCUGCCUUUUGGGGCAAGGUGUUGGGUAGUCCCACUACAGAGUCACCAGUUCACCCCAGACCCAGCACUCCAUCCCGCCUAGCUCUCUUUAUUCGACAGCAAAGCUCAGGAGGCCCAGCCAACACCACCUCAUCUGGCUCAGAUAACACCCCAUCUUCUCCUCGCGGUAGUAUUUCUUCCCCUCUGUCUCCUGACAGCCCCAUGCACCAAUUUCCAGACACUUCAGAAGGGGAGACUGGCUACCUAGAAUAUCUGCAUGAUGCUCGGAGAGGCAUUGAGCUCUGCUCCUGGGCCUGUCGAGACUGGUCAGCUCCUUAUGACGGAGAAAAUCCCUCUCCAAACUCUGCUCCGCCGCCACCUCCCCCUCCUAAGUCCAACCCCACCCUCAAUAUGGUACAAGAGCAUUUCUCCCUAACAGACGCCACCCAGAAGAGGACAGCAGUGGUGGCUGCAGCACGUGCUGAAUGGAGUAGCUCAGAACGAGAUAGUGGAGAGUGGGAUGUUACCAUCAGCAAAAACUGCAUCAGCCUCACACCCCGCAGCAAGAAACGCACCCUUCUCCCCAGCACUAUACCCCUACAGUCUUCAUUAACUUCUUUAUCAGCCUCUACAGAGAAAACACGUGCUGUGGAAACUGUAUCCCAGCACUUUCUUUCUGCACCUCAUCCAGCGCUCUAUAAUGGGACAGGGCAGGUUGAGUUUGCAGACACUGUGGAUGAGAGAAUGGAGGUUAAGAAGGUGAAGAGAGACUCUGAUGUAAAUAGUGGAGUGGUAGAAUCAGGGCAGAACAGAUCGGUGGUUAUGGGCCCAAUUGACUCCAAUCUUCCCUACAGUGAUUUCCAUGUAGGAUCGGCACGGAAAUCCUCUCAGGUGCAAUUGAACCCAGGCCUGCAACCGCAAACAACCCUGCCCUCCUCUUCUCAAGAGUGUUUACAAAAUGAUGGCCAGAGAUCAUCAUCUGUUCCUGGCUUGACAGAGACCUCCUCAGUGGCCAGUGACAGCAGGGGCCAGGAGUCUGUUGAGAGUCUAAUUGAGGAGUUGCUGGAGCGGGCACCAUCAGAGCCAUUGUCUGGUGAUUCAAAAUGUCAGGGCAUCAGCAUUGAGGCUUUCCAUCAGGAGCUGAGGGAGCUAGAGGAACACGUAAGAGAGAGGAGGGUUCUUUCACACAGCUUAGAAGAGUCCAGUCGGGACUUCCGCCCUGCUGCUCCCAGCCUGACAGAUGAAGACUGUCUUCCAUUGGAGAUCGAGCAGCGGUCCAGUGAGCCCAAGCCUGACAGCUUUACCACUGGGGUAUUUAGCCCUGCUCGACCACUUGGACAACCUCUUGCUCAACCAUACACAGGUCCAUUUAUAACUGUCCUGUUCAGUAAACUGGAGAAUAUGAUGCAGAACUCCCUGUAUGUGAACAUUUUACUGACGGGCGUUGUGUUCCAGCUGGCCUGUUACCCUCAGCCUCUCCUCCGGUCUUUCCUCCUCAACAACAACAUGGUGUUUCAACCCAGCGUUAAGUCACUUAUACAGGUGCUGGGAUCAGUAAAAAAUCGCAUUGAGGUGUUUGCAGCGGCACAUGAGGAUUUCCCUUCCAUGUUUAGAAAAGCUCGCCAUUUUCUGGUUGCAAGAGGAAAGAUAGACUGGACAGAUUCACCCAUGGGAGUGCCCAACCUCCGUCGAUCAGACUCAUUAAUUAAAAGCCGUAAGACAUCUCUGGGUGAUCUUAUCUUGAGGCACACCAACAGUCCUACAAGAGCUCGCCAUGCAGCUCAGUUGGCCCUGGCCCAUGUGAGGGAUGGAGGGCAGUCUCUGCACAGUGCUUUGUUCCGGGGUGGCACGAGUGGUGGCACCUCUGGCCUAGAGAAGCAGGCAGAAGCACUAAGGGUGAAAAAUGCAGUCUACUGUGCUGUCAUUUUCUCUGAAUUUCUCAAAGAGCUGGCAGCUCUUGCACAGGAGCAUGCAGUAGCCCUGCCCUUCCCACCUAGUCAAGGCACUGAGGAAUAACUAAUACAAGACCAGAUGUUUCCUCUAUACCUGCCUUAUCCAAUGUUCCAUGCACUGAGCUGUAGACUAAAACACUGAGAUUUUUCAAACAUCUUUUUUUCUUUUUUUUUUUUUCAAAGACAUGUAGGCUUACAAGGGACAUUCAUGCACUCAAAGAGAAGGGAGAAAUCAAAAGGGGAGAGAAGUCAUCACUUGUUAAUCUCAUGUUCAUAAUGUAAUUUUGUUAUUGUACAGGACCAUUUAUCCAUAAACUUUAAGGAAAUUGUGCAUACAAAUAUUGUAUAUAGUCUAUAUAAAAUAUCAGUGUAUAAUGAUUUUGUACUCUCAGAGAGACUUGCAUCCUUUAAGCUGGAGGAAUGUGGCAGUUAAUUUGCACUCCCUACAUUUCUAUGUCAUUUCAGAGACUAUCUUAAGUAGACUCACUACACACAGUUCUUUUACAUUUUUAUGGGUGUGGAAGUGCCAUUUACCUUUUUAGCAAUGUUUGAAAGUUAUUUUGUCUUUUAUAGAAAAAUUGGUCUGUAAGAUCACACCAAAAUAGUUGGCAAAGAAUCACUGUCAGACAUCUACUGCUUGUAGUUUACUAAUCACAUGCUGGGCAACAAGUCCUCAGCUCCUCUGUGAAGAUCCAACAAGUGUACAGGUGAAAAACUGCAGAUUUUUCAAUCUCUAGCACACAUCCUUUUCUCCAGCUAGAGUAGUUGGGGAGAAUAUUCAAAAGGAUUUCCCUAGCCUCCUCCCUAAAAAAGCAAAAAAAAAAAAAAAAACCAUUACCAUUGAUGGACAGUUUUUAUUUUAGUUGAGUUUCUUUGUUGUUCCAGCUCAUUAUAUAUCAUGGUCUGGUGUAAGUGUGUUGGCCAUGUUAGGAAAAAUUAUAAUAAUGCUACGUUCACCCAGCAUGGCAUUUGAGAUCCUCUUCAGUUUCAGGAAAGAGUUUCAUUAGCCUGCCAACAAAGGUCUCCUCCAAUAUUGGAUGUUAGUGUUGUGAUCUCUUCACUCUUGGCUUCUGACUGGGUGCUAACGUUUUAAAUUUGUGACUGGUCUGCACAAAGUAAAGUUUGGAUAAUAAUUACCUGUCCCAUAAAGGAGUAAGCCAAGUUGUGUGAAGCCAUUAUAUAAGCCAUCUUAGUAUUAGAACAUAGUGUUUUUUUUUAUUUACUUUUCAAUUCUUAAUUUGCUUGUGGUAUCGAGUACGAGUGAGAUCGGCCAUUAUGUGUGCAUAGUGAACAACAGCCACAGUUUUAUUUUUAUGUUGAUUUUAAGUUGUGUAUUGCCAAAACACUCUUAACACUUCAAUGUUCAGAAUGUUUUUUUUUGUUUUUUUUGGUGCAUAUUACAGAAUUGUUUUCCCCAAUUUUUGAAAGUGCAAAAUUAAGAAACAUUUGAAGAAUAUUGAUUGGAAUGCUAUUUUGAAAUCAUCCAUCCAGGAUCUCUUGGAAGUCAUAUGCUUAUUACCUAACUCAAUUGUUGUUAGUUUCAAGCAGUGUUUUUUGCUGCUUCAGUUGUUUUAAGUUCAGUGAUUUUGUUGAAUCAAAUAUUAUUUCAAUGGGUAAAAAAAUAUAAAAGCAGACAUUUCAAGUGGAAGUCGAAUAGUAUUUUUUUUCCUGGUUUCCUCUAGCUGCUAAUUCAUCAAUCCAUCCAUAUUUAUUUUUUAUUUUUUAUUUUUUAUUUUUUUACUUAUUUACCCAUCCAUCCCUGUCCUUCGGUCUGCGCAGGAAUCUAGUUUUGAUGGUUCUCUGCUCUUGUUAGUUAAUGCCUGCGAUGUUUAGCACUUAAAUUCCAUUGAGAGACAAUGUUAGUGUGAGGGGUGAAAGUCCCAUUUAAAUUUGGCUUCCCUGAAACAUGUUAAGAAUGCACUCUAUUAUGAGUGAAUAGGUAAAGAGCGCGAGAUUGAAUGUUACAACGGUACAUAUAUAUAAAGGCUAAUUUAUACUUACUGUGUGAAUAGACUUCGCUUUAUUCGCCUACAAAUGAUGAAAAAAUGCAGUGACGUUUUUGUUCUGCCAAGGUGUUCGUUUGGUGAGAUUUCUCCUGUUCGUGCACAUCUCUGAAAUUCUUGACCCAAGAGAACUUGGCUGGUGUGACGCUUUUUGUUUACAAUUGCGCUUGCCAGCUGAGGAGUUGUUACCUAGGUUACUGUCAUUAAAAUGGUUUACUUUGAAACCCAUCUCUCAGAUAUUGUGUGGAAAGAUACUAUUUUCACAUGAUUUGCAACAAACUCUACGAAGAUUGCAUGGCCACAACAAAUGAGUGGAGAGAGAUUUUAGUUUUUAAAAGUGAAAGGGGCCGUGACAAGUUUAAUAAAGCCGCGGCAGUCCACGGAGAGAAAAACCUGCAUUAUUGGCUUUACUUGUGGCUGGAACAGUUCGUUACACACCGUGACAUCACCCUAAACGAACUCAUUUUAAAAUGAUGUUGUACGUAGUAUAAACAGCGGCUUCGUUCGCCUAGGGUGCUUUAGUUCGUCCAGGAGAAAAAAGUUCGGCUUCUUCCAAAGUAUAAACCAGGCUUUAGUGUUCAAUCAUCUCAUGGAGACUGCGGGGAUAAUGCUGUUCUUUUUUAUUUCUAAAUUAGAAAUCAAAUAUACACUUUGUUCUGAGUUUGUCAUAAGAUACCAAUGCACAAAACAUAUCCGUUGUUUUGAAGGUGUUAUUGUAUGUCUGAUUCGGUGCAGAUAGCAUGUUUUCUUUUUAUACAUACUUGAUUUAAGUGUUUUAUAUGAUUUUGAAAAAUCAAAAGCUCAUUGAUUGUGUAUGCCUGUUAUAGGAAAGUGAUUGCUUGAAGCAUCAGUAUGCAUUGAUGUGCUUUUCCCCAUUUGUUUGUUUGUUAGAAUGGAAUUUUAAUGUUGAAAAGGACUUGCGGCUUGUUAUCUAUGCAAACUGGUUUCUGUUCUUGUGGAAAAGUAAAGAUGGUUUAACUUGGGCAAUAUUCACAACUAAAUCGCAAUCUGGGACAGCACUUCAACAGUCUUCUAAUCCCUUCAAUAAUCUGCUGGACUGUAUAGAAGCUCAUGCAAAAUGAUGAAUGUUAUCAAAAAUAUUUUCUAUAUUUAAAAUGGACAAGAAAUGUGGAACUGAAUGGAAAAUUGAAUCAACAGUUAAACUUUCAAAAAGAAACAAUCUAUAAGGGAAUGUUUUUAUUAAUUUAUAAAUGUUUUACCUGGCAAAACCUCUGGCUUCUUAGUCUUU